UCCAUAUUUAUAUGAUUGCAUUUUUUUUUAACCCUCUUGCAAGAAACACAUAUCAUUUAUUAUUUAUAUAUAUUACACACAGAGAGGUUACAAGAAAAACCCAUUCAUCAGUCUUUUAUAUUAUUGUUAUCUGUAUUCUCCUCUCUGAUUCAUCGGCAACAAACAAAAAAAUGGGUGCAGACGCAAUCCAAACGAACGGUCACGAUCAAGCCAAGUUGUUAACCGGCGGUGAAAAGAUCCAACGGCUGAGAUGUUUCGUCAAGAACUACGAAUGGGGCAAACUCGGACCGGACUCAUUGGUUGCGAGACUCCAAGAGGCGAAUUCAGGAGGAAAGGUCGACGCGGCGGUUCCUCACGCCGAGUUUUGGAUGGGUACUCAUGAGUCUGGACCGAGUCAUGUUGAAUUCGGGUCGGGUCAGAAUGAGGGUUCUGAUAAUAAUAAAUGCAUGGUUACGUUAAAAUCGUGGGUUUUGGAUAAUCCGGAUUCGCUCGGGUCCGGAGUCGUGGGCAAGUGGGGUUGUGAUCUCCCUUUCCUCUUCAAGGUAUUGUCAGUGACGAAAGCAUUGUCGAUUCAGGCGCAUCCAAAUAAGGCCUUAGCAGAGAAAUUGCAUAGAGAAGAGCCUCUUCUGUACAGAGAUAAUAACCACAAGCCUGAGAUUGCUCUCGCUGUCACUCCUUUUCAAGCCCUUUGUGGUUUUGUAAGUCUUAAGGAGCUGAAGGAGGUUAUCACCAAUGUGCCAGAGAUUACAGAGCUUGUUGGAAGCAAAGCUACAGGUCAAAUCUUCAAAGUCAAUGAACACGAUGAAGACGUAAAAGUUAAAUUGGUUGUCCGAUUGAUCUUCACGCAGCUGAUGUCUGCAAGCAGCAGCGAGACAAAGCAAGUGGUAUCUCGGAUGAAGAUUCGUCUUAUUUCAGAGACCAAACACCGUGAAUUAUCGGAUAAGGAGAAGUUAGUUUUGGAACUGGAGGAACAGUACAAAGGCGACAUAGGUGUGAUAUCAGCCUUCUUCUUUAACUAUGUCAAGCUUAAUCCUGGAGAGGCUUUGUAUCUGGAUGCGAACGAGCCGCACGCUUACAUCUCUGGGGACUGUGUUGAGUGUAUGGCGGCUUCGGACAAUGUAGUUAGAGCUGGUCUUACUCCUAAACACCGGGAUGUUCAAACACUUUGCUCUAUGCUUACCUACAAACUGGGGUACCCGGAGAUUUUGAAAGGGUUUCCUCUAACUCCUUACGUUACGAGGUAUCUUCCACCAUUCGAUGAGUUCGAAGUAGAUCACUGUGAUCUUCCUAGAGGAAAAUCGACGGUUUUCCCAGCAGUACCGGGUCCUUCGGUUUAUCUGGUUAUUGAAGGAGAAGGGAAAUUACAAACCGGGAAAUUACAAACCGGUUCAACUCAAUUGUUGGUUAGCCAAGGAGAUGUUUUGUUUGUUCCAGCUCAUAACGAGAUUCACGUAACCGGUGAAAGUGAUUUGAUGAAGCUUUACAGAGCUGGAGUUAGCAGCAGAUUCUUCCAAACGUUAUAGGCUAAAAUUUAAGAGCACAUUAACUUUAUACUAGUUACUAUAUGCAUAUAAUUUGAUAAACAUUCAUUGGUACCAAAUCUAUAAAUUUGAAGGAACUGUGUUGUUUAAUUUCCCGAUGGCCCAUUGCAAAUUAAAAAGUUCAAGGGGUUUUUUUUUUAUAUAUUUCUUUUUAUUUAAACGAACUAUAUAUGUGAUUGUAAACCUUUAUAUGUUAAACAAUGUUAACAUAAUA